AUGUCAGGCCUAGAGAAACCGGAUGAACUUCAGGCUGCCAUAGAAGAAGGUCCAUCUCGUUAUGCGGCUUUUGCUAUGCGAUUACGUACACUAAUCACUGCUUCAAGUAGAUAUAUCGCAUAUUCAUCCGAUAUUGGAGAGGCAUUCAGACCUUUGACCAAUCCUUUGAUUGUUCGAUCUGCAUAUGGAAUAUCAUGGGCAUACAUUUUGGGUGAUUGUGGAUAUGCAGGAUACUUGGCACACAAGGAGAGACAAGGUACACUUCCAUCUUAUAACCCUCUUGAAGCAAGUGAAGGUAUGCAUGUCGGCUUGGUCGUUGCACGUAGAGCUGUUUUUCAAAGUCUGGCAAGUAUGGCUUUGCCCGCUUUUACGAUUCAUAGUAUCGUUCGUUAUUCUGCUCCUCUCUUUGCACGUUCUGCUAAUGCACGCAUUCGAGGAUCCGGACCAACGAUUGCCGGUUUGGCAGCUGUUCCCGCUUUGCCCUUCAUGUUCGAUCAUCCGGUAGAACAUGCAGUAGAUUAUGCAUUCGAUUUCGUUGAACAACAAAUUGCGGAAGCAAAAGCAAAAGCGCAAGAAGCUUUAGACAAGAAAACAAAGUAG